CGGUCGAGAUGAUUUGCCAGAAUAUAAUUCUGGAUGGCAAGUAGUAGAUUCAUCUUUCAUUGAAUACAAUACGAAUAUUCGACAUACAGGUCCAUGUUCAGUAGCAGCCUUAAAAUCUGCUACAUUAGGUUUAAAAUGGAAUACUGCCGAUAUUUAUAGUGUAUUGAAUGGGAAUAAAACCUAUUGGCUUGUUUAUCCAAAUGGAAAUAGAAAACUCAUCAAUACUGAAGAAAAUGUAAUUGACACAAAAAUUCUUACAAGAUCAUUGAAAAAAGAAAAUAAAUAUGAAGAUAUUACUAGCAAUUACAAACUAAACAAAUCACCAAAUCCAACAGCUUUGAAUCAUGAUGUUAAUAUUGAAAUAGAGGUUCCUCACAGCUUGAAAUUUGGUGAUAGUCUUCAUUUAAUCCUUAAGACAAAUAAUCUAUCAAAUGAACAUCGUACAAUAGCUGUGGCCUUCAAAUUAGUGAAAAUUAAUCCUAUUCAAGAAAUCAAAUCUACAUUAAAAACACUAAAUCAGACAUCAUAUCAAGAUCGAUAUGCUCCUAGCAAUGCAAAUCUAGAGGCACACAAUAUAAGUUCACAAACCCCGAUUCAAUCAUUUUCACAAGUCUAUCAUCUCAAUAAUAAUGAUUGUGAGUUAGAUAUAUCUUCAAUCAUUGUAUCUAAGUUCAACUUUAGAUAA